AUGCUGGUGGCUGCAGGAGGUCUCCGCAUGCUGCCAUGGUGCUCCCCCAGUCUCGGGGGGUACCAGUCAUUUACGUACAGAGCAGAAAGAUUUGACUACAAAUUGUCAUGUAAACUGUCAGGAGAAGUGGUAGAAGGCCUUCGAGAGAGUGAUUAUCUUCUGAUUCAUUCAUGCCGGCAGUGGACAACAAUUACAGCGCAUAGCCUGGAGGAGGGCCAUUAUGUCAUAGGGCCAAAGAUAGAAAUCCCUGUACAUUAUGCAGGGCAGUUUAAGCUGCUGGAACAAGACCGAGAUAUUAAGGAGCCAGUGCAGUAUUUUAACAGUGUGGAGGAGGUGGCUAAAGCAUUUCCUGAACGAGUUUACGUCAUGGAGGAAAUAACGUUCAACGUUAAGGUGGCUUCAGGUGAAUGCAAUGAAGACACAGAAGUUUACAACAUUACACUCAGUACUGGGGAUGAGCUCACUUUAAUGGGACAAGCAGAAAUCCUGUAUGCAAAAUCUUCUAAGGAAAAGUCACGACUCAACACCAUCUUCAAGAAAAUUGGGAAACUUAAUUCUAUCAGUAAGCUAGGCAGAGGUAAAAUGCCAUGCCUCAUUUGCAUGAACCAUAGGACCAAUGAAAGUAUAAGCCUUCCUUUCCAGUGUAAGGGCAGGUUUAGCACCCGCAGUCCACUGGAGUUACAGAUGCAAGAGGGUGAGCACACAAUUCGCAAUAUAGUAGAAAAAACAAGGUUGCCAGUCAAUGUAACUGUGCCAAGCCCCACACCAAGAAACCCGUAUGACCUGCAUUUUAUCCGUGAGGGCCAUAGGUACAAAUUCGUCAACAUUCAAACAAAGACUGUUGUAGUUUGUUGUGUUCUGCGUGGUAACAAAGUUAUUCCAAUGCAUUUUCCCUUGCAUUUGACUCUUCCAAAAUUCGUGCUCCCGGACAGUCUUGUGAAAGGGGAGCUAUGGCAUGAUACCCUGGUCCAACAUUGGUUUAACAUCUGCCAGGAACAGUUUGAUAUAGAUGAAUAUUCCCGUGCAGUGCGAGAUGUGAAAACUGACUGGAAUGAAGAUUGUAAGAGUCCUAAAAAAAGUCGGUGCACUGGGCACAAUCAUGUGCCAAAUUCUUUGAGCUAUGCCCGGGAUGAACUAACACAGUCUUUUCACCGGCUCUCCGUUUGUGUUUACGGAAACAAUUUGCAUGGAAAUAGUGAAGUGAACCUUCAUGGGUGUAGGGACUUGUGCAAUGAAUGGGCCCUCUUUUCUCAUGACACCCUUCAGUAUCAGGACUCUGGUGACAGUAGCAGUGACUAUCUUUUUCCUGAAGUUACUGAAGAGUCCAUGUGUCUGCCUGCAAAACCAGAACUUCCUUAUGAAGAACUGUGGCUGGACCAGGGAUCGGGGAAACCUUGUGAUCAGCCUCUUACUCGUUCGCUAAGUGAGAAGAACAAAUGUGACAAUUACAGAAGCUCUUUUCGGUCAAAAUGUGGUAAUGCAUCUCUUCCUAUGCCUGGAACUCUAGCAGCAACAACAAAAAAGUCUUCAGAUGUUUCCCUACCUCCACCUCCAGUGCCUCCCAAAUCAGAAGCAGUACGAGAGGAAUGCAGACUCCUCAAUGCUCCGCCUGUUCCACCACGAAGUACAAAGCCCUCAUCCACAAGUCCGUCCAUUCCUCCUCGUACGAUCAAACCAGCACGGCAACAAACACGUUCACCAAGCCCGACUCUGUCCUACUAUUCUUCAGGACUGCACAACAUCAGCGUAACAGAAAGUGACCCAACAGAUCCAACCGAGAGUGCCCCUGUCUCUUGUUACCCUUGUAAUGUGGUGACAACAGAAUCAAAAGAGCCUGACAGCAAGAUGCCUUUUGGAAGCCCCUCAGCUGAAGCUCUGUCUUGUAGGUUAUCCUGGCCAAAUCAUUUUUCUGGAACUUCUGAAGGCCUAAAUAGGAAUGACUUCCUGCUGGAUCCAAGCAGAAGUUAUAGUUAUCCAAGACAGAAGACACCGGGCACACCAAAGAGAAACAGUCCAGCACCUUUUACUUUUGACUUUGAUGGGUGUGAAAUCCCUGCUGGGUACUCGCAGCUGGCCCCAGCUGAGUUCAGUAAUGCCAUCUCCAGUUGUCCAAAGUCUGCAAGUUACUCUUUAGAAUGCACUGAUGAGAAAACUCUGGCAGUCAGCGAUACAAAGCAGAGCCAUUCAUGCCCUGCCUUACCUCCUCGUGCACCGAAAAUGAAUGAUGAGAAGCCAGCUGUAGACCUAUGCCCUUUGCCUCUAAAAAUAGAUGGUGCUGAAGAAGAAUCUCAUACUGGAUCACCAGACCUGUCAGAAGAUCAGUACCUUGUUAAAAAGGGCAUGCAGGAUGCUUUCUCUAUUUCUUACCCUUUUUCAUCUCCGCUUCACUUUCAGUUAGCACCAAGGUCUUGUGGCGACGGCUCUCCCUGGCAGCCACCUACAGACCUUUCUGGACUCUCGAUAGAGGAAGUAUCUAAAUCUCUGAGGUUCAUUGGUUUAUCAGAAGACGUCAUAUCUUUCUUUGUUACGGAGAAGAUUGAUGGCAAUUUACUUGUCCAGCUUACAGAAGAAAUUCUUUCAGAAGACUUUAAGCUAAGCAAAUUGCAGGUUAAGAAAAUACUGCAGUUCAUUAAUGGCUGGCGGCCUAAAAUGUAGUCCAGUGAUGCUGACUGGUGUUUAAUGAAACUGUAUGCGGUACGUGCUAAGAGCACUGGGGCUAGUACGUCAUUUCCUGUUUCUUGCACUAAAAGCCCUUCCUGUAAAUAGUAGUAGUAGAAGAAAUUUACUAUGCAGAUAAAAUUUUGAGUGGUGAACAGAUUCUUUUAUAUGUCAAUACAAAAUGUAGAGAACCUUAUAGAAGUGUGCCUUGUGCAUCACUGAACAUUCAGCAGCUGCUAAAAACUGGACGUUAAGGGAAUUUUUACUCCUUGUAGUCUGUCAAGAUGUAGUAUUUAUUGCUGAAUAAUCAAUGCUGAAAGACACACAAAUCCAGUUUACAAUUUUAUGUUAACAGCAAAAAAUAAUGCAUUUCUUUUGGGCUUAUUUUUUUCAAAUAGUAAUUGGCAACAUGCUAUGACUUCUUUUAAUAUCUGUUUUUCACUAAAGGAUGCAUUCAAAUCUAAAAUCGUCUUUUUCAAUAAUGUAGCAGAAAACAUUAGAGCUAAACAAAUGCUUUGAAGUGAGGCUCAGACAGUAUGUUCUUCAAGAUACUUUUACAAAAGUCUACCUGUAAAGUACUCAUGGAUAAACUUACUGUGUUGUUGCACCUGAACAAAACUCUUUUAAUAUUAAAAAAUAUAAGUCAUUAUCCCUGAUGAUAACAUUUUGUCCUUUUCUGGUUGUCUGUAGGGAAAAAUCAUUCCUACCGAACCAAUCUGCCAUUUCCAUGUCUCGAUUAGAAGUUCACAAUCUGUAGAUUUCAAAAGUGGCUUUGUUGUCAGAUCAGUGAAAUAGUAACAUGACUGCCAGCCUUCACGGGAAGGGCAUCAAAUAGCAUGUUUCCUUUAGUAGAUCCCAACAAUGCAACAGUGGGGUCUUCUACUAAUUGAGGGCCAUUUUGCUGGCCCUUUUCUGCCAGAAAGAAAACCAGUUUUCUUGCUGCUGUUAUAAGAUGAAAAUACUGAUUUCAUGAGCUACACUUUAUGCUGCAGUCAGCUAUAUAGGCAAAUCCUUGCAACUAUGCAGAGUCCCAUUGAACUAAAACAUUGCUGAGGUGGAAGGGAAAAGCAAAAGCACUUGAACUUCCCAUGAAAGGCUGAGAGAGGACUUUAAAUACCCUGAGUGAAAUUGUAUGCCACAUUUUCAAGGCUUAGUUAGCACAUACUUGGUUCUGCCAGCCUAACUCAAGUUCUGACGGCAAAACUCUGCAUGCGUCUGCCCUUAGAGCAACUUUGUGGUGGCAGCAUCCCAUUUCUGACUGCAGCUGCACCACCUUGCCCAAACUAAACAGGGGUUCUGCUGCCACUGGCAGACAGCAGAAGAUUCAUCUGGACAACCCCAUGCCUUCUGCCCACUGCAGCAAUCCCAUGAGCAGCUGGUACCCUCCUAGAAAGCACUGCACGCUGUAGAGGCACAGCUGCUGCAGGAGUCGGGCAGAGUGACCAGAAGCACAUUGGGCAUAUGCGCGUUCUGGGGUAGAUUUGUGAUGCCAGCUGCCCUCUUUCCUUAGAACUACUGCUAGCACAACCAAGUGCGCAUGGACAAGGCCUGCGAGACGCAGCAUGGAACGACUGGUCCAAGUGCUAGCACAGGGGAAAGAGUGGUGACUUCUAGCUGCCUUUUGAGCCUCCUUAGUCCUGCAUACCUUGGGGAGCCAGCCUCCCUGUGCACCUGGAGAAUUCUCCCCUGGUCAGAACCGGACCUCUUAGAGCCCUUUUUAUACUUCUGUGGUACUUUUACCUGGUUUCUGGAGGCCUGAGUAGGGAUGCAAGUGUCUCUACUAUGUUUUCAUCUUUUUCAUAGAUAGAAAAUGUAAGAAGCAUGGUAGAAGCAACAAGAGUAAGCAGGAGGGUACACCAGGGUUUGAGAAACUGAUGGAGCAGGUCUUCUCAACUGCAGAACUGCAUUGAGGGGAUGUUGCUUCUGGCGACCUGUACAAAUCUCAUGUCAUGCCUUAUUCAAAGUCCAGUUUUACUAUUUGUAUUGCAGUAGCACCUUCAAGACCCUAUUGGACAUCCAUCUAUCCCUUCCCACCCCUCCACCCCAUGUCCCCUCUUCCCAAAGAAAACCAAAUCAAAACUCCCUGCCUCAGAGUCUGUUGUUUCUUGCCAAAUGCUAAGAUUAGACUGAUGCAACAAAUCAAUAACUAUCCUUGACUUCUGCUAUUUUUAUAAUGAGGGGUUUCAAAACAUACCCUCUGAAUCAAUUUUCUAAGUGCAAGUAGGAUUGAAUGAAUAAAUAAAAACUAAGUGAAUUAAUUUUGGGUACCAUUCAGAGCUAAGCACUAUUGUGUCCAUAGGCACAUGCAGAGUGUAAUUGCUGCUUAUUAAACCUAACUAAAUCCAGCUGUCACUCAGCGAAGGAAGGUCCAAGCUUUUUACAUUUAAAAUGAAGGGUACCUACUUUUGUUUGUUUCGCUUGUUAAUGUUAAAAAAUGUUUCAUCUCCAAAAGAGGGUGGUUGUCUUAAUAAUGGUAAAUGCCUCAGAACAUUACAGGUUAUGUCUCCAUGUUUAUCAUCCCAGGCAGUGCCGUGCUAAUUUGGCUGUACUGCUUCUAGUACCCAAGACAGCUCUAUCUCUGUACGGUACUGCAUUGUGCUGUGUAGCCAUAUCCUAAAACAUCUGUGGGAAACUGGCAGCUUUGAUUUGUAGUUGGCUGCAUACUGUUUGCCUGCUUUUGUUAUAGACAACAUUUAAUGGAUUUUGAAAACAAGGAGUCUAAGGGCCUUAUUGCACCUCAUGCUGUGAGCUGCAUAAAUGUUGAGCAGUGUUAAUUGUAGCUUGAUGUUUGGAGCAGUUGCACCCUUAGUCUAGAAACCUUCUCUGACUGUGUCCUUCCCCUUCACAGCUGUGACACGCUGUUAGAGGUUUGGUCAGCAGGGGCAGGCCUAGGAGCUGCAGUAGUGAGUGGCCAAUACAGUGCUGGUGAGCCAGGAUGGGCUUCUAUCCCUGCUGCAUGGGUGGGGAGAUCCUGGGAUACUGCAGGGUUGAGAGAUCCCAGGGUACUGCAGGACUUCACCUUGGGUGGCGCGUCUGUGGGGAGUGGCCACACCUUAAUGGAACAGGAGCUGGGUAAUGUGGAUCAAAGAUAAUCCUGGCCUAGAGUGCUGUAAAUUUGAGCCGCAUAACAAGUGCUUAAAACCAAUUUAAGGUGUUAAUGUGCAGACUGUCCAAGGGUUAAGAGCUCCAGGAGCCAUCCAGAAUUACCAUGUAACAAGCCCCUAACUCCCUGUUAACACCAUACCUCUACAAUGCCUACCUAGACAAAAAAAGGGCUUCCAGAAGGACAGAAGAAUAUGCGUCUGUUUUUGGAUCAGGUCCCAUAGCACAUAGCCACAGCUGAAACGUCUAAUGGAAGACCAAUCAGACUUAUUUCUGCUUCCCUUCAAAUGUUUUGUUCCGUCAUAGCGUUGCUUAUACAUUUUUAGGCAUAGUAAGCUAGCAUACCACAUGUCCCUCACCCUUUCCCAAAAAUAGUUCACAGGCUUCAUUUCACAAGCUGCUUUUGAGAGGGAUUUGUGUGUCCUUGAAUUCCUGUUUAUAGUGACUUGUUUUUGUUGUUUUCCUCCAACCAGAACAGCUUAAGAAAGAUGCCAAUUUGGCCCACAGGCCCAGUUUUUUAAAAAGUGCUCGGUCCUACGUUCUCAGUCAUUUUUAGAUACUUAGAGUUCACCACCUAAUUACCUUUGAGAAUCUAGGCCUACAAUCUUGCAGCCCUGAGUGGAGUAAGCAGCUUAGUCAAAUAUGUCUUAUUGUAAGUUAGUAGGAUUUGAGAGUCUAAUUUGCUUUUGAAAACUGGACUUGCCCAUUUAAGUGACGUAAACUGUAUCAAAGCACUGCCUAAAUAGCUUUAAAAAUCUGGGUGCAGAAAUUUAAAUCUAUAGUUAUAAAGUGCCAUGCUAAUGCAUGUCAGCUACAGCAUUAAAGUUAUCUGAAUAUUCCCACCAAUUUGAAAAUGUCUCAGUCUGAAAGUUUUGGACAGAUUCUCUGAUGUCCUUAGCACCUCCUGUGAAGGUGCUGGGAGUCCUCAAUUCUGUGUUAGUCAAUGGGAGGUGAUGACAUCACUUUGUGAGAUUUGAGAGAGAGAUUUCUAAUUUAGUUGGUGUAUAAGAUGCAAAUACCCUGCUUUCUGCCAUUUUCAGACUAACACAGCUACCUACCUCUCCAUGUAAUUAUCACCUGGAGUAAAUUUAUAACAAGUGUUGACUCUGACUACUACUCUUAUGUUUAAGAGAGAGUCUACAACUUGGCUGUGAGAUUCUUUAAUUGUAAUUGUAUUUUAAGUCUGUCUCUAAACCAUUUUGUAUCUAAGCGUAUUUGCAAGCUAAGGCUUUCUGGUGUCUUAUUCUGUUUAGUCUUAGAGAUGUAGUCAAAAUAUACAUCAGUCAGGGUACAAGCAAAUUCACAAAUUCUUUAUGGAAAAGUGCACCUUAUUCUGUCGUUUCAGAUUUUAUUGUGCUCUUUCGUGUAGCUUUGAACUUGCUGGGUUUUUUAAUAGCUGAAAUCAGGCCCAUAAGGUUCAUUUAAUGAUUUGGUAUCUUAUGCUCUUUUUAAAAGAGCCAGUUCUGGAAUGUUAACAAGAUGCCAUCCACGGCUGUGUACUUUCUGAAACAAGAGCUUUCUGUUCUUUCUAUGCAACACAGUGGCAUGUGUACUAAUAGUCCCUUUUACCUUUUGAAAAGUAUAGAGGCUUUUAUGGGGCAGCAACAAUACUCCUGAGGGGGAAGAACAAGAAGAAAUAUUUAGGAGAAACAAAGGUCAAUUUUUAAGUACCCAUAUUGUGCCUAUAAUUAAGAUUCUUCUAUAUUACUAUUACUACCUUUGUGACUAACCAAAGUCUUACUGAAAUCAGUUAUUGUAUAUCUUGCUAUCUUUUUUUUCUUUACUUUUGCUGUAUUAAAAGUAGGUUAUACUUGAAACUUAGGCAAAACACACUUGAUCCAUCCAGUAGAAGCAAAAAAAAUGCGUAUGGUUUGCAGCUAGAACUGGAUGAAAGCAGCUUUGUAUCUUUUAUGUGGUUAUUCGGUGCCACCAUCUUACCACAUUAAUUGACUUGGUUUUACAAUAGCUUCAAGAGAAGCUGUGUGUAAGUAGCUGCAACAUUGUAAAAACACUUAAUUUCAAGUCCCUCUCCUUUUAAUUUUUUUUAUAAAGUACUUGAUAUGCUUUCUGCUGCAUCUUCCUCUUGAGACAUCUACUUAGCUGUUUCCCUGCUAAAUACAUUUUAAUACAAGUUGCUUAGGUCUUUAUCACUGGAAGUGAGCUAAGGUGUGUACAGAAGGGAAGAUGAUGUGGUGGUUGAAGACAUGUCUGUGUAGAAUGGAGAGUAAACAUAGCGAGUCUAGGGGACCAGAUGUGGUGUACUCUACACUGAUCAAAAAGGAUGCACUGGAAAACAGCUACUAGCCCCCCAGGGCUAACAGGCAUAGGAUGGGGCAAGAUCUUGCCAAAAUUGAGCUCACCCAGUUACAUUCUUUGGAUGCAAUUAGCAUUUGAAGUCCUCAGCUUUCCAGCUAGAUGGUAUUGGUACAGUAUUAGCCAAAAUAAAUAGGUUACCUGUGUUGUCACAAGGUAUUUGAAAUACUGGGUAACGAAUGAGUGCAAGUACAUUGCUGUAGCCUUGGGAAAAGCACCUUUCUAGCGAGGAUGUCUUCAACUUCUGGUAGUCCAGGAGUUGUUUAAGUCUGACCAUCUAUAUUCAUAAUGAUCAGACUGUCAUAUGUUAAAAUUUCUGGUAUGAUUCUGAUUCUUCUUGACUUGGGUAAUCUUCCACUGAGUUGUUGUAUAAAAUAACUAUGUUUAGCUGUUUAAAUUACAUUUUUCAUCUACGCAAAGUGAACAUUUGAAAGCAACACAAAAACCCAAAAUCCUUGACUUAGUAUAUUUCCGUUAUAAAUUGAGGUGUAUUUUUGUGGAAUUGUGCUGUUUUGGGCUUCUCUGGAAAAGGCUGAAGGUAGAUUAUUUAAAUCCAGGUGCAAAUAAAUAUCCCUGUAAUGUAUAUGAACAAAUUUAAACUGUAUUGUAAGUAUAUAAACUGUACAUUAAAGAUAUUAUUUUCAUGAUA